UUCAAACUACACUAACCUAACAUGGAGGGGCGCACGUCUCCCCUUCUCCUAUUUCAGCGAACCACGCCUCAUGCUGCCUUCUAACGCCGGCCAUAUUGACUAUUUUGGCUAAUCUCCUUGCGGGGCCUACAAUCCUGUGAUAGAGGAAAAGGGUUUCUUAUUUUCUUGAUUACGUGGGAAGGGAGGAGAGGAGACAAGAUGCCGAAACCAAUUAAUGUGCGUGUGACUACUAUGGAUGCGGAGCUGGAAUUUGCCAUUCAACCCAACACCACUGGCAAACAGCUCUUUGAUCAGGUGGUGAAGACAGUAGGUCUGCGAGAGGUCUGGUUUUUCGGUCUGCAGUACGUGGACAGUAAAGGCUACACAACAUGGCUGAAGCUGAAUAAAAAGGUGACUCAGCAGGAUGUUAGAAAGGAAAACCCUCUGCAGUUCAAGUUCCGGGCAAAGUUUUUUCCAGAAGAUGUUUCUGAAGAGCUGGUUCAAGAGAUAACACAGCGUCUCUUCUUCUUACAGGUGAAGGAAGCCAUUUUGAAUGAUGAGAUUUACUGCCCUCCGGAGACAGCAGUCCUACUGGCAUCUUACUCUGUUCAGGCCAAGUACGCUGACUACAACAGAGACAUCCACAAGCCUGGUUACCUCACCAAUGACAGGCUGCUACCACAGAGAGUUUUAGAGCAACAUAAACUGACUAAAGAACAGUGGGAGGACAGAAUACAGUCAUGGCAUGAGGAACACAGGGGUAUGCUAAGAGAGGAUUCUAUGAUGGAGUAUCUGAAGAUUGCUCAGGAUCUGGAGAUGUAUGGAGUGAAUUACUUUGAGAUCAAAAAUAAGAAGGGAACGGAGCUCUGGCUGGGAGUGGAUGCUCUUGGUCUCAACAUUUAUGAACAUGAAGACAAGCUCACACCAAAGAUUGGGUUCCCAUGGAGUGAGAUCCGAAACAUUUCUUUCAACGAUAAGAAGUUUGUCAUCAAGCCCAUCGAUAAAAAAGCACCCGACUUUGUGUUCUAUGCACCACGACUGCGAAUCAACAAGCGCAUUCUGGCUCUAUGUAUGGGCAACCAUGAGCUGUACAUGAGGAGGAGGAAGCCUGACACCAUUGAGGUGCAGCAGAUGAAGGCUCAGGCCAGAGAAGAAAAACACCAGAAACAGAUAGAGAGAGCUCAGCUUGAGAAUGAGAAGAAGAAACGAGAACAUGCAGAAAAGGAGAAGGAGAGAAUAGAGCGAGAAAAGGAUGAGUUAAUGGAGAGACUUAGACAGAUUGAGGAACAGACGAUAAAAGCACAGAAAGAGCUGGAGGACCAAACACGCAAAGCUCUAGAGCUUGAACAAGAGCGAAAAAGAGCAAAGGAGGAGGCAGAGAGACUGGAGAAAGAGAAACAGGCAGCCGAGGAGGCUAAGGCGGCACUGGCCAAACAAGCAGCUGACCAGAUGAAGAACCAGGAGCAAUUGGCUGCUGAGUUGGGAGAAUUUACUGCCAAAAUUGCCCUGCUGGAGGAUGCCAAGAGGAAAAAGGAAGAGGAGGCAACAGAAUGGCAACAUAAAGCAUUGUCUGCUCAGGAAGACUUGGAAAAAACUAAAGAGGAGCUGAAGUCUGUGAUGUCAGCUACAGCAGGUGGUGCAUCAGAGAACGAACAUGACGAGCAUGACGAGAGCAGUGCAGAAGCCAGUGCUGAGCUCUCUAAUGAUGGAGUUGCUCACCAGCGAAGUGAGGAAGAACGGCUCACAGAGACCCAGAAAAACGAACGUGUCAAAAAACAGCUACAGGCCUUGAGCUCAGAACUGGCCCAGGCCCGUGACGAUUCCAAGAAGACCCAAAAUGAUGUUUUGCAUGCAGAGAAUGUGAAGGCCGGCAGGGAUAAAUACAAGACCCUACGCCAGAUCCGCCAGGGCAACACCAAGCAGCGUAUUGAUGAAUUUGAAUCCAUGUGAUGGCUGUUCAUCCUCUUUGAUAGCCCCACUUUCCACCCUGUAGCCCUGAUGCCUUCAUGGCUGACUUACAAGCACAGCUUUUACCUGCCCAUACUUCUCCUCUAGACCAAUGAUCCUUGACCUUUGACCCCCUUCAGAGAGCUUGAGGGACAUGGCUGCCCUUCCCUCAAGCUUUGCCAAAGCUCUCUCCACCUGUGAACAGCCCAUCAGGCUGUUUCCACAUAUUAAGCUCCUUAUAGCUCUACUCCAGAAUCGCCCUGUUAGGAGCAAGUGGUACAUCGCACUGAACUCUUGAAUGAUGAUUUUGAUUUACUAAAUGCUUGGAAAUGUGUAUUUUAGAAGAGCCUAAGAUGAGUUUAAGCAAAAUUUGUUUUUAUGAAAUGGCCAUUUGUUUGUUUGGAAUUUUUUUUGUGUGUGUGCAACUUAACCCUUGUGCGUUGUUGGGGACGUUUUUGUCCACUAGGGGGUAAAGUUGAGUCUUAUUUUGGCCACAACUUUCUCUGUGUUUGAGCUAAUGGAAUGAUUUUUGUUUGACAAAUCUUAUUUUGACCCAUUUUGAAAUUUUUCAAAAACUCAACGGUACACUGUGGGCAAAUUCACUACCCUUUCGGGAUGUUCGUGGAUGAAAACAUCCACUAAAUUAAACUGCUGUAAAAAUGUAUCAGAUAAAUAUUUUUUUCAUUUUUUUUUUUUUGCAUAAAUCUAUUAAUCAACCUCAGUCCUUAUCAAAACUACCAAUUUUUUUUUUCAAUUCCAAGAUUUUAACUUUUUAAUUGCCUAGUUCAUAAAUUAUGUCACUGAUUUGGGGGAAAAAAACAUACAUAAAACAUAACAUUACAUAUUUUCAAUUAAAAAAAGUGAUUGUGGACUGGAUAUUUUUUUUACCUUUUAUCACAGUCUUGGGCAUGUCAAAGAUUAGUAACAAGAUUGGCUUUGAUGCAUUGUUAGUUUUUGUUCAGCAUUAGAUUUAAAUUUUUUCUCCCUAAUUUGUUGUUGGUGGCUGUUUUUGCCCCAUUGACUUCCAUUAUAAUGACAUUUUUUGAUUGCAAAGCCAUGACACCAUAUAAUCAUGCAUUCUUGAUUGUUUGUGGUUUUCCCUUUUGGGAAGAGGUAAAAAAAAUAUAUAUUUUUACAGUUGAUCACUAGUUGGGACUAUUAACCUUUUAUUAAUAGGCCUGUGCAAAAAAAAAGGCUUGGUUUUUGGCUUGUAUAUGGAGUUAUGUAUAUGGAUUGUAUAUGUUAUGUAUAUGGACUGUAUAUUGGCUUGUAUAUGGAGUCUCUUUCUCUCUCUCUCUCUCUCUCUAUCACACACACACACAAAAACACUAUAAUUUGCUGUUACACUCCAUAUAACUCCAUAUACAAGCUAGAAACUAAGCCUUUUUUUCACAGGCCUAUCUAAAGGGUUAAUGGUCCCACCUAGUGAUCAACUGUAAAAUUAACAAAUUUUACCUCUUCCCAAAAGGGAAAACCACAAACAAUCAAGAAUGCAUGAUUACAUGGUGUCAUGGCUUUGCUAUCAAAAAAUGUCAUUAUAAUGGAAGUCAAUGGGGCAAAUUGCAGCCACCAACAACAAAUUAAGGAGAAAAAAUUAAAUCUAAUGCUGGACAAAAACUAAAAAUGCAUCUAAGCCAAUGUUGCUACUAAUCUUUGACAUUCCCAAGACUGUUAUAAAAAGUAAAAAACAAUCCAGCCACAAUUACUUUUAUAUUGAAAAUAAGUCAUUUUGUGUGUUUUUCCCCCCAAAUCAGUGACAUCAUUUAUGAACUUGGCAAUUAAAGAGUUAAAAUCUUGGAUUUUUUUUUUACAACAUUUGGUAGUUUUGAUCAGGACUGAGGUUGAUUAACAGAUUUAUGAAAAAAAAAAAAAUGAAAAGCAGUUUAAUUGAGUGGAUGUUUUCAUCUCGAACAGCCCGAAAGGGUAGUGAAUUUGAACAAUCCACAAGGGUUAAAGAGUCACAGUGGCACAUUCACAUACCCUAAAGAGCACAAAUAGCACCUCUCCACACCAAAACCCUGACAUCAAAUUCAGAGCCACCAAAGUCAAGUGAAGAAUGUAGAAGAACCAUAACCAAAACUAUAGGUAACCAAAGGGCGUCUUUCAUUCUUGCUAGUAACUUGCAAACCCUGCAUACAUCUGUAAUUACUAUGGAUUUAGACUGGACUCGUUACUAGUUUUAUUUCUUCAGUGCAAGACUUUGUUUGAUUCAGGUUCAAAAGAUGUAGCUCUGAACUGACAGAAUGUGAGGCCCUGUAAUGGAGCGCUUGUGUUGGGUCUGUUGAUCUUGACAGUAGAAUUCUCCCAAACACCCAGUGUUUCUUGUCCAGUCUCCAUAUCGAUGGUUUUCCCUGCCUGCCGGCUCACAAAGGCCAUGGCUGACAGAUGGAGAGACAAACAAACUGCUUGUUUUUAAUUUAAUUAGUUUUUAUUUAAUUGCAGUAUUUUGGGGAAACUACUUAAGGAAAUUAAUUUGCUGAAUCGAUGGUAAGUUAUGUGCAUGUGUGCGCUUUGUCUCUCUCUGUUCAUCUCUGUUUUUUUUCCCCUUCAUUUUUGUGUGGAAAUAUUAGUAAUACCUGUCAUGCACAUGUGGUUGUUUUGAAGUACCUGUGGCCUUUCUGGCUGGGGAGCAUAUGAAAACAUCAGUCCUGUUCUCAGGGCGAAUUGCUACCUCAUUACUGUCAAACAUGGUGACUGGUUAGUCAAACACUUGGUGUACGGCAGAUAGAGGCAAAUGUUGUAAUUUUCUUCUUUUUAAGUUUGUGUCACCCAGAUCAUAAUAUUGCCGUCUGUGCUUCUUGUUUUUGAGCAUUUCUUGAGAGGUUUACUGUAGGUAGAUGUACUCUUUCGAUGAUGCUUUGGCUAGUUAGGGUCAUAAUUGUUUUAUUUAGCAGCACUAAGAUAGGUAAGUGGCUUAUAAUUUAUCCUCAAGAAAAACUGCAAUUUAAUACCAAAACUAUCUUGUCAGUAUUUUAUUCUUAUUCAGCAUGAGUUAUGACAACAGUUAUGAAAAAUUGUGUGGUAUCUUGUCUACUACAGUCUGUUGAUUGUUCCAUAAUGAAGCCUUUUAAGAAUGUCCUGCGUUUUUCCCCGUUCUUGUUCUUGAUGAGCCUCUCAAGAUUUUACCUACCCAGAACCUCUUCAAAAUUGUUAACAGGUCUUAGACCUAUGGACUUCUCCAGACCUUUUCAUCAUGCAAUAUUUUCACUGCUCAGCUGGUUUGUGUGGAAUCCUCAGUAUUCAUGGCCUGUAUGUUUUAUUUCAGAGUUUGCAUGGUAAAAUAUCUUCAGCAUUUACAGAUAUGUAGGCCAAUAAAAGUUUUUUUUUUUUUUUUUUUUUUUAAUACCGGAAGUUUUAUUUUGCACUAAUGUGCAAAGAUGUCACUGUUUAUUUAGUGUUUUGUAUGCUAACAAGACACCUGGGGAAAUGUCUGAACACUACAUUUAUAACAGAAUGUUCAGGAAAGUUCAAAAGCACUUGUUUUUUCCUGCUUUUUUUUUUUUUUUUUUUUUUGUCCAUGAGCGGAUGUAUUUGCCAUAGCAAGAUAAAUGUUGUGCUUCCAUUUUCCAUUUUUUUCUUCUAAAGAUUUCUGCAACAAAACCACCAGCAUUUGCAUCUACUAAAGGGAGAGAAAAACACUCCGGGUCACAAUGUGUAUUGUUUGCUUUUCAGUUUUAAUGUUUGUUUUUGUUGUACGUCUAGACCCCCCCCCCUUUGUUCAUAUAGCUUUCUGUUACAUAGAAAUAACAAUGUUGCCUGUGACAAAUAUUUGGUUGAAAAUAAAGAUUUAAUAUCUAUUUUCUGCUUAUUUUCAUGACAUUUUCUUUUCUUUCCCUUAGUACAGUGCUUAAAUUUGAAUGUAGUGUUUUCGAGGUUUGAAAAGUGCUUACAUUUUGGAUAAAGUGCUUGAAAUUGCAGUUGCAUUGCUUGUGUAGUAAUUUGUUUUAGUACUGAAUAACCUUAUUUCACUUUUUAGACAAAAUGCCUUUGGCAUUAAAAAAGCCAUUUUCAUGGGAGAGUCUGUACUUUCAAGUCAUGUAAAAGGUAAGCGAUUAAAGUGAAAUAAUAAAAUAAACAUUUCAAAGUCAAAA